CAGGAUCUCCACUCUCGGCUCUCCCAUAAGCUGCUUACAGUCUUUAUUGUAGUGUUAAUGGGAGCUUUGGACUACUUCUCUAAUCUCUGUGAGUGUAGGAGCCUGCAUGAAAGCAGGCAGCUCCAUAAGCUCAGAAAACUCAAGCAACUCCAGACGGUGGAGAUAAAGGUGAAAAUGGACUGUGAAGGGUGCGAGAGGCAGGUGAGGAAGUCUGUGGAAGGAAUGAAAGGAGUGACCCAAGUCGUGAUCGAGCCCAAGCUGAACAAACUCACGGUCGUCGGAUACGUGGAACCCAAGAAAGUGCUCCACCGUGUCAAGCAUCGAACGGGGAAGAGGCCAGUCAUGUGGCCUUACGUGCCGUAUGAUGAGAUUCCCCACCCCUACGCACCAGGGGUGUAUGAUAGGAAGGCCCCAUCCGGGUACGUGCGAAACCCCUCCCAAGAUCCCCAAGUUUCCAAUCUCGCACGUGCCAGUUCCACUGAGGUGAAGUACACCACAGCCUUCAGUGAUGACAACCCCAACGCAUGCAUAAUCAUGUGAAUCAGUCACAUCAUCACAUGUAUCAUACAUGCAUGCAUACAUAGGUCCCCGCCAUACUCACCUGUUUUUUUUUUGAUUUUGUUGUCUGGUCUGUGUCACUGUCAAAGGCUGUGCCAUUUGCUUAAUUUGUAGUGCUUUUGGAUAAGGCUGAGUUUUGAAAUAAUUGAUUUUAGUUUUUA